AUGCAGUCCGCGUCACUACCGGCACGCUCGUGCGACUUGGGCUCUUCAACACUGCCCGGUCUCUUCUUCGCGCCCGACACGCCGCCUCGCGGGCCCAUGCCCUCCAGCGACAUCCACUGCGCCUGUCUUUCGCCUCUCUCCGCACGCAGCCUCUCGGCCUCGUCUGGCUCGUACUCGGGCCCAGAAGCUCCCCAUGGAUCGGCGUAG